AUGGCUCCGAGCUCAUUCUCGAUCGCAUGCUGGACCAUCUUCUCCAGCAUCUCUUGUUCUGCGUCGACCACAGUCGCAUCGAUCGCAGCCGCAUCGCCCAUGCCUGUACCCCUGCCUGUGCCUGUGUCUGUGCCUAUGCCUGUGCCUGUGCCUGCGGCGGUGGUAGCAGGGUGUGAGAAUGGUGUUUGGGAGGGAAAGAUCUUUAUCAAGAACUUGCGUUCCAUAUCCGCGGUCAAAUCUCCUGGACGUGAUCGAUCGAUACUUGCUGGUGUUGUUGUUGCAGCCUUGAAGUUUCGGGUCUCAAAAAAGUGCUACUCGCAUUAUCGCCUUGCCCGUAAUAUCUCUGUUGCUUCUUAUCCUGCUGUUGCUGCUGAAGAGUCGAAACCCCGGAUCGCAGAGAGGUACUACUCGGGUUACUGUCUUGACCAUAGUAUCUCUGCUGUAAACUGUGGUAGUGCUGCUGCUGAUGGUGUUGUUGUUGUGGCCUCCUCUCCAAAAGCCCGAGACUCUGUAACAGAAGCGUGA